AUGGGCCACAAAUUCCUCAAGAGCGGUUCAACAACCGAGACGGCGAAUACACCCAGAGUCGACGUCAGCGCCAUUGUCAAGGGUGUAAUCGACGAAAUCCGGUUGACUGGAGAUGACGCCGUUCGCAAAUACUCUGACAAAUAUGAUAAAUGGGCACCUCAAUCUUUCAAGCUCACCCAGGAAGAGAUUUUGGCUGCGAUAGCCGCGUGCCCGAAUCAGACGAUAGACGAUAUUAAGCAAGUGCAGGCAAACGUCAAAGCCUUUGCAGCUGCACAACGAAAUUCGAUCAGAGACUUCGAGCUGGAAAUUCGCCCCGGCGUCUUCCUUGGCCAGAAAAAUGUUCCAAUCGACUGCGUUGGCGCCUACAUCCCGGGCGGACGGUACCCACUACUUGCUUCGGCCCACAUGACCAUUCUCACCGCAAAGGUUGCUGGUGUUCGACAUGUUGUAGGAUGCACGCCGCCUAUCGCUGGCAAGAUCCCCAACGCAACCGUGGCCGCAAUGCAUCUAGCAGGCGCCGACGAAAUCUUCAUUCUAGGGGGCGUCCAAGCUGUAGUAGCUAUGGCAGUUGGCACCCAAACAAUCCGCAAAGUUGAUUUCAUCGCAGGUCCCGGCAACGCUUUCGUGGCCGAGGGCAAAAGACAGCUUUUUGGCGAGAUCGGAAUUGAUUUGUUUGCUGGGCCUACAGAGAUCCUCCUGGUGGCGGACGAAACCGCGGAUCCAUUCACCAUCGCCACGGACAUACUUUCACAGGCAGAGCAUGGUCCGGACUCUCCAGCGGUUAUCAUCACGACGUCCGAGGUGGUAGGGCAGAAAUCAAUCGAGAUCAUUGACGAGCUUUUGAAGAACCUUUCCACUGGUUCUAUUGCUGGAGUCUCUUGGGAUGCGUUUGGUGAAGUCAUAGUGGUUGACAGCCUGGCCGAAGCUUGGAAGUUGGCGGAUGAGUACGCCAGUGAGCACGUACAGGUGUUUACAAAGCGGCCUCGAGAUGCAUUAGAAAACAUGUCCGCCUAUGGAGCGCUAUUUCUGGGAGAGAAAACAUGUGUUUCCUAUGGAGACAAGGUCAUUGGGACAAAUCACGUCCUUCCCACGAGGAAGGCAGCGAGGUACACGGGUGGACUCUGGGUUGGCAAGUUCCUGCGAACAGUGACUUAUCAAGAGGUCAAGAGCAGCGAAGCAAGCGGGGAGCUUGGUAGACUAUGCGGUCGUGCUGCUCGAGCAGAGAACUUUGAAGGCCACGCGCGUUCAGGAGACUUGCGGGCGCAGAAAUAUCUUAGCGACAAGGUGGCCUGGAUUCAAGAUUAUCAGGAGCUAGGAAAUGGCACGAAAGCACGGCUGUAG